AUAGAUAGCGGAAGUGACAGCGGUGGACAGUUUAUUUUUGCUCACUUCUACGUGUGGGUUUGUUUUCUUUAAAUAAAAAUCGAAGGGAAGUGCCUCUUUUAAAUCCAUUGCAGUGCAAAAAGAGUACGGUCGGAGGUGGAAUAAAUAGUGUGGGAAAUGUGCAGCACGUGCAGUAAUAAACAUUUCACAUUAAUUUAAGUAUUGUGGCCUUGUGUAAUUGGAAGUUACACACCCAUCUACUCUUAUCUUAUUAGUUCUUACCGACAGCGUAAUUUAAUUUAAAUACAAAAUGCAGGCGAUUAAAUGUGUCGUCGUGGGCGAUGGUGCCGUCGGAAAAACAUGUCUCUUGAUCAGCUACACGACGAACGCAUUCCCCGGCGAGUACAUUCCGACAGUAUUCGACAACUACUCGGCGAAUGUAAUGGUGGACGGCAAACCGAUCAAUUUAGGCCUGUGGGAUACGGCCGGUCAAGAAGAUUACGAUAGGUUACGUCCGUUGUCGUACCCCCAGACCGACGUCUUUCUCAUCUGUUUCUCUCUAGUUAAUCCUGCAUCCUUUGAAAACGUUCGGGCAAAGUGGUACCCGGAAGUGAGACACCACUGCCCGAGCACACCAAUUAUUUUAGUAGGUACCAAGUUGGAUCUGCGCGACGAUAGGGCGACCAUUGAAAAAUUAAAAGAUAAAAAACUAGCGCCAAUUACGUAUCCACAAGGCUUAGCUAUGGCGAAAGAAAUUAGUGCGGUAAAGUAUUUGGAGUGUUCGGCUUUAACGCAAAAGGGCCUGAAGACGGUAUUCGACGAGGCGAUAAGGGCGGUCCUCUGUCCGGUAAUGCAAGUGAAACCUAAACGCAAGUGCAUAAUUCUCUAAAAAAAAAACAUACACACUCAGUGCGACAUCUCUAUUUUGUUGGCUAUUGCUUAUCGAAGGCCGUAAUGACGGAGUUUGAUGCGAAUAUUUAAAAAAAAAGGUAAAUAACGUGGGUAAUUGUGAUCUAUUUUUAAAAUAAUGAAUUUCGUACACGUCGGCGAUUUAUAUCAAUUAUUGUGUGCUAAAUUUAGUCGAAUAGCGAGGCCGGCGUGUGCAAAUUAUGUUAUUAAAUGAUGUAAAAAAUUAA